ACCGCACAAUCUUCUCUCUCUCUCUCUCUCUCUCUCUCUCACUCUCUCUCUCUCUAUAUAUAUAUAUAUAUAUAUCAAUGGCUAUUCAAGUAUUCUCCAUUGUUUCUCUUCUACUCUUCUUCUUUUUCGAUUUAUGCCUCCGCGGCACUUAUGGUGACUAUGGAGGGUGGCAAGGUGGUCAUGCCACUUUCUAUGGUGGGGGUGAUGCAUCUGGCACAAUGGGAGGUGCAUGUGGGUAUGGCAAUUUGUAUAGCCAAGGCUAUGGCACUAACACCGCAGCACUAAGCACUGCUCUGUUCAACAAUGGCUUGAGCUGCGGGGCAUGCUAUCAGAUCAAAUGCAACAGUGACCCACAAUGGUGCCUCCCUGGGACCAUCACUGUGACUGGUACAAACUUCUGUCCACCUAACCCUUCUCAAUCUAAUGACAAUGGUGGGUGGUGCAACCCUCCCCUCCAACACUUUGAUCUGGCAGAGCCUGCUUUCUUGCAAAUUGCUCAAUACAGAGCUGGAAUUGUUCCAGUAUCUUUUCAAAGGGUGCCCUGUGUGAAGAAAGGAGGAAUAAGAUUUACAAUCAAUGGCCACUCUUACUUCAACCUGGUCUUGGUUAGCAACGUUGGCGGUGCAGGGGACGUCCAUUCAGUGUCGAUCAAGGGGUCCAAAACAGGGUGGCAACCCAUGUCAAGGAAUUGGGGUCAAAACUGGCAGAGCAACUCCGUGCUCAAUGGCCAAUCUCUGUCAUUUCAAGUCACUACCAGUGAUGGAAGGACCAUUACUAGUUACAAUGCAGUGCCGGCUAAUUGGCAAUUUGGCCAAACAUUUGAGGGGGGUCAAUUCUAAGUUUUCACAACGCCAUGGGUUAAAAAAUUUGUACAUGUUCAAUUUGAAGGUGGGUAGGCAUGGGUGAGACUCAAGGAAAUUUAGAGUCUAUUGCUGUGGUGGCUAACUAGCACCCGCUUAGGCCUAUACUCGUAUAAAGUUCGUGGCAUAGAUACUUGUAAAAAGUGAUUCAAUUGGAAGCCUUAGAUUGAAAUCAAGGCCAUAUGAAUAUCAUAUAAUGUUUGUAGAUUUAAUGACAAGUUGGAAUAGAAACCCUAUUUGAGGCAACUUUAUAUCAGUGAAAUCCUUUAAUACAUUUCCCUAAUUUCUUUA